GGUGCGACUGGUUUAAGGGACUUGUCUGGGCGAGAGGGCGAGGGACGGAAAGCGAUCGGCUAGAGUGAAGGCCAGCGAGGCUGUAGGGGUGGGGUGGGGGCUGUGAGUGUGGAGGAGGGGGCCGUGUCCGUGUCCACCUCUCUGGGGUUUGAGAGGUCAGUUCUGUGCGUCGAGGGUGCCCCAAGCCUGGAGCUAAGAACCCAGAUUCAGGCCUUGGCAGAAGAGUAGAGCUGGGAGGAGAGGCAAGGGAGUGGUGGAAGGGGGACGGCAUCUUGUACUGAGGGGCAAGGGGAAGAGGACAGCUCCUGGCUCUUCCAGGGUGAAGGGAGGCACUGCACAGGACCCUGGAGAGAGGACCUGGGAAGUGUCAGCCCAGCUGGUCAGCCAGUGCAGUCUCACCAUGACACUAUGGCAGCUACAACUCACAUCACUCAUCCUCCUAAUAGGCAGAUUGUGCCCAUUGAGUACAGACACCUGACCUCUGUACAUCACAACACCAGAUCUGGACCGGGGGGCGGGGUGGGGGGGAGCGGUGUGUGCCUCUGGUCCCACGCACACCAGGUACUUGAGCCAGCCUGGGGUGCCCUAGGAGACACGGGUUCUUGUCCCAGCAUCACCAGUGAGCAAGCCACUUCCCUUUCUGGCCAUGUUCCCAUCCCCCACAGCCGCUGCCACCACAACUAGCCUGGUCCUGGAAUCUGAGAUCAGCCAUGCAGGUGUUUGGCCUGCAGGUGGAUGAUUAGUGAAGGGAAACUGAGGCUUGGAGAACAGUGGUGAGCCUGUGGCCACAGAGCAAACUAGGGGGCAGCCAAGGGAGAGCCCAACCUCUAGUCUCCCUGUCCCACUCCCUGCUGCACUGGGUUUCCUUUCUCUAGGCCCCAACGGGCUGGAAAGGUGGGGCUGGCCCUUUAAGAGGAGCUGUCCAGACAAGCUGUGUGUCUGGGGCCCUGUCUGGGUCAGCCCAGGCUCACCAGCUAGCCCUCUCUUCUGGAUCCUCCCUAGCUGGCAUUUGUAACUUGAAUGGUGUUUAAAAUGCAAACAGCAAAGCAGCAUCGAAUCAGCUAGACCAUCCAGAGGUAUAGAUCUUUGUCUAGGAUGGUAUCUGGAGCCCAAAGCACCAGCAGGACAUUUUUUUUUUUAGCUGGGAAACCAGCUAUGUUGCCCCCUUGUGUCUCAGAGGUCAGGAUUCCCAACCAAGCCCCAGGGACUCUGCAGUUAUGGCCCUUGGGCAUUCCCACAGGGCCUGUCUUCCUGUGUACAGGGGGCUUAUGCACAGACGGUGUCACUCUCUGGCUUGGGGAGGGCCCAGGGAUCUGGAGGCCCCUCCUGGCUGUGCCUGCCCCAUCAGCUUGUCAGUAUAUACUCUAAACGGACACUCUAAAAGGGCAUUCAGCGCCACACCAGGCCUAUGGGAGUAGCAGGAGGAGAAGCCCAAGGACUGAAGGCAGGGAGGCCAGGGCAGGCCAGGGGCCCAAUGGUAAGGUCUCUGUGAGGCGUGGGAGACAUGGAAGCUGGAGAAAGAGACUGGUGGGCUGGGGAGGGUGGGAGUGCCAGACCAAACGUGAGUCUCUGGUGUUACACAAUGAGAGCAUUUGGUCUCCACAAAAGGGGUUAAAGGUCAAGCUUAGGCAUGUGUUUCCUGGAGCUGGCUCUGGAAGCCCAAGGGUGGGACUAGAUGGGUGUUGGGAGGCCGACAGGUGCAGAGGAGGCUGUUAGGGAAGAGAGGCCUGAAAUUCCUCGAUCAGUGGAGAGGGAGAGCUGGGCAGAGAGGUGUGAGGGGAGAGUACGGAGUGGUUCUGGACUCCUGCCUGAGUGUGGAGAAGAUGGGGAUGGGGACGCCCUUUACUGAGCUGGGGCACAGGAGGCAAGGCCAGCUUCAGGGCAGGAGGUAAACACACCCAGUCUAAGCUGCCUUCGGGACAUCUGAGCUGAGAGAGGUCCAUCCCCACAAAAGGGACGUGGACCUGUCAGCAAACAGAUAGUGGCCAGAACUCGGGAGAGCUCGGAAUAGGUGGAAGAGGCAAAGGGCCCCAAAGGAAUGCUGGAGGAUAGCAGCACUGGGGGGGUCACCAGAGGAUCCCCCAAAGAACCCUCCAGAUAAGCCCAACCGCAGAGGAGGCAGGUGUCACAGUACCAUGUUUCUCCUCCAGGGAACCAGUUUAGGGUUUUGGAACCUACUUAUCACCUCCUGAAGCCCCCGAUGUACUGACACUGUCCUCAUCCAAAGGGUCCACUUGCCUCUGGACAGUUGGCCCAUUGCCGCCCGGGAAGAGACUCCAGCAAGCAUCAGGGAGGGAGACAGAGAGGGGAACAGACGUCAGGGGCUGGCUUGGAUGGGGGCCUGGAGACGGGACAGCCCAACUGCUGGCUCACUCAGCUCUCCUCACCACUCACAGGACCUGGGCCUCGAGGGGACCCUCCUCACCGACAUUCUCUACAGGAACGUGGCCUUCCUCAAUCUGGUGGACCCCAUCUCCCAUGACCUGCUUGUGAACCUGGCCCGGGACCUGCAGUGCCCCAAGACGGACUACGAGCUCUGGAAGUCCUCGGAUAAGAUCUGCCGCCAGCUCAUCUACCACCUCACCCCUCACUCCAAGCGGCAGCGAGGCUCCAGCCUGCCCCGGAGGAAGACCCAGAGCUGCCUCAAGAGCAGCCUCCAGAUGACUCAGCUGGCAGGGGAGACCGUGAACCUUUCGGGGAUCCCGCUGUCAGCGCGGGACGUGCGGCACAUCAGGCGUUACCUGGGGAGCCGGGGAGCCGGGCUCACGGUGCUGGACCUGAGCUUCACGGGGCUGAGCGAUGAGCUGCUGCACCUGCUGCUGCCCAGCCUCUGGGCGCUGCCCCGCCUCACCCAGCUCCUGCUUAACGGCAACAGGCUGACGAGGGCCACGGCCCGCGUGCUCACCGAGGCCGUCAAGGACCCCGCCAAGUUCCCCACGCUGGCCUGGGUGGACCUGGGCAACAAUGUGGACGUGGCCUCCCUGCCCCAGCCCCUGCUGGUCGGCCUGCGCCGGCGGCUGAGCCAACGCACCUCACUCCCCACCAUCUAUGAGGGCCUGGACCUAGAGCCUGAGGGCGGUGCGGCUGGGGCCGCAUCUGCCGCCUCCACCUGGGGCUCUGCAGCUACUGGCCCAGGGUUUGAGCCCCAGGCCUGCUGCACUAGGUGACUUGCCACCCACCCUGGCUCCUGCCUGAGUGCUGAUGCUCCUAGGCACAUGGGAUGGGGGAUGAUGGAGGCCCUCCAGGCCCCCAGAAAUCCAGUGUAAAUGCUCAGUCUGGGAUUAAGGGGAUGGAAGGAGAAUGGGUUCGCCAGAGGCCAGAGGGUCAGCCCAGGAUGGAGUGUCAGGCCUCCCUCAGCAGGGAGCGCCCGGCACCUGCUGUGCUGAUCCCACAGUAAAUGCUGAUGCCCCCCUCUG